AACAUCUGUGCGUACGCGGUCGUGAUUGUUGUGAAGAUGGCGGAGGGGGAGACAGAGAAGGAAUAUGACACACGGAAAGCUAUCGAGGAGCUCCGAGAGCGGUUCCAGGGUUUGACCACAGCUUUGAAAGAGAGCUUGCAGUCUCCGCUGGAAGCCUCCCUGCAUUUCUGCCAGGAGUUUUGCCAGGUCCUUGUUGAACAUGCUGGCCGUUGGAAAACUGAUGAGGAUCCACUGCCUUUGCUGGAGGUCUACACUGUGGCCAUCCUCAGCUUUGCUAAGGCUGCCUCCUGUCUCUCCUCCGAAUGUGAAAACGUGCCACUCCUACUUGAAAAGUUAGCACUGAGCUGUGCGGAGCUGCUGCUCUUACUGCCCCAGCAUGUCCCUGGUGCCUUAUGGGAGGAGUUUCAGUCCUCCAUGAAGUUGGCACACAGCCUUUUGCAAGAAAGUGGGAGCACACAGCUUUGCCUGCUCUCAGUUCUGGCGCAGCAGGAUGGCGUCUGGUCCAACACCACACUAAGCAGCAUCCUCUCCAAUCAAAUUCCUCAAACUGAGCAAGUUCAUGAGUAUCUUGAGUUGGAAGGUCCCACACUUCUGAACAUGAGAGUAAAGCACCUAAUCAAAGUGGACAGCGUUGAUAAAGCUGCUGUCCUUGCAAAGAUGUGCUCAGAGUAUCCCGGAUAUGAAGGAAAAGGAAACUUCAAACAAACCUACUUGCUUUGCAUCUGCAUGACAAAAAGUCAGGAGCAGCUAAUGGAAGAGAUUGCGUCAAUAGACUGUAAAGAUGCUCUUGAAAUGAUCUGCAACUUGGAGUCAGAGGGAGAUGAGAAAGGAGCUCUCGGCUUAUGUUCUGCCUUUCUCAAGCGACAGCUUCUCCAAGGAGAUGUUUAUUGUGCCUGGGAACUCACACUGUUCUGGAGUAAGCUACUCAUGCGUUUAGAGUCGUCAGCUGAUGCAUUUCUUGGACAUAGCAAAGAGAUGGCUCUUCUCUGUAGAAGCGUCUGUCAUAUUCUGUUUCUGAUCAAAGUAAUCCAAAACGAGGUUGGAGAGGUGGGGCUUCCAGUGUGCGUGGAAAUGUGCAUUCAAGCUCUGAAAAUGACCUCCAGUGACCAUAAGGAUAGCAAGUCUACCAUCUGCAAAACUAUUUCCUGCCUCUUGCCAACUGAUCUAGAGGUUAAGCGUGCGUGCCAGCUGACCGAGUUCCUCCUGCAGCCUACCAUUGACUCGUAUUAUGCUGUGGAGUCACUGUACAACGAACCCGACCAAAAGCCAGAGGAGGACGGGAGUCUACCAGUGCCCAAUUCUUUACGCUGCGAGUUACUGCUGGCCUUGAAGACACAGUGGCCUUUUGAUCCAGAGUUCUGGGACUGGAAAACAUUGAAACGCAACUGCUUGGCACUGAUGGGUGAGGAGGCAGCUAUUGUGUCAUCUAUUGACACACUCAAUGACACAGACGAACAGGAGGUGGAAAGUGCACUUGGCAAACUCCCUGAAUACAGAGACCUGGAGGAUUUUCUGUUAACCACUACAAAUGAACUCAAUGAAAUUACAGAUGAAAGAGAAAAAAACAGAGAGGCUAAAAAACUUCGGGAGCAGGGUUUUGUGUCUGCUCGGUUCAGAAAUUGGCGAGCCUACAUGCAGUAUUGUGUUUUGUGUGACAAGGAGUUCUUGGGUCACAGAAUUGUUCGCCAUGCGCAGAAGCAUUUCAAAGAUGGAGUGUAUCUUUGUCCAAUUUGUGCUGACAGUUUUGAAAGUAGGGAGGUUUUAGAGCCACAUGUAGCAUCACAUGUAAAGCAAUCUUGCAAGGAGAGACUAGCUGCAAUGAAAGCUGCUAGGAAGGUAACCAAACCACCUCAGUCCCCUAAAAGUCCAUCAAAAAAUUCAAAAGUUGCUGCCAAGAUAAGCAUUAGUUCUGUUAAAAUUGAAUCUCAAAUUGGCGACCAAUUGGCGUCUCCUGUUAAGAUAGAACAAACUACAUCUGACACACACAUAAGUCAAGAUUGUUUCUGUCCUGUCAAAAACUGUUCCAAGGCUUUCAAGUUUUUCCGUAACCUCAUGGCUCAUGUCAGAUCUCACAAGGAUGACGAAGAGGCCAUGAGGUUUUUAGAGAUACAAAAACAGAAAGUGGUGUGCCAGUAUUGCAGACGGCAGUUUGUUAAUGUCAGACAUCUUAAUGAUCAUUUGCAGAUGCACUGUGGCAGCAAACCAUACAUCUGCAUACAGUUGGAUUGCAAGGCCAACUUUAACUCCAAUUCUGAGCUUCUCAUGCAUAAAAAAACACAUCCUGAAUUUAAGGCCCAGUGCAUGUUCCCUAACUGUGGCAAAGUUUUCAGUGAGGCCUACCUGUUGUAUGAUCACGAGGCUCAGCAUUAUCUUACUUACACCUGCCAAACUGAUAACUGUGGCAAAAUAUUCUACUCACAGUCUCAGUUCUUGUCUCACCAAGAGAAUCAUAGUCCAAAUGAUGCAGUUAACUGUUCGCCCAUCACAAAUCAAAACCCUUUUGUCACUCCAAAAGUAGAACCACCACUUGAGAGCACCCCGAGCAAAGAAGCUGCAUGUUCUACUGUUGUCUGCCUUGAAAGGAUUAAUACGGUCACAUAUAUGGAGGAGUCAAAGGCAAACACAUCACCAUGCACAUUACCAGAAGCUGGUCCUGUGAGAGUUAAACACUCGAUUGAAAGCAUGCUGAAUUCUGCGGCAGAUCCUGAAAUGGAAAAACCAGAGAAAUGCUACACUCCGCUGACAAACCCCACUCUAGCACCAGCUGAUGUGAAACCAGCACCGGAGGCUCCUAAUGCGCUCCAUAAUGUGGCUGGGCAAGGUGAAAUCCCUCCAGUAUAUCCUGUACCCAUUGCAACAAAUCCUGUGGCAAGUCAACAGGGAGAGGGGCUUAAUAAUGUACAAGACAAUGAAGUUUCAAAAGUGAUUCCACAAAUAAUUUCUCCAAGUCAAAUCAAGACAGAAAUUCCGUCUUCGCUGCAAGGAUAUCCUUCCAGCACGCCUGCUGUAACUGCUGGCAAUGAGGAGAACCUACAUUGCUGCCCAUAUAAUGACUGUACAAGGGCAUACAGUACAAACAAAAGUUUGUCUAGGCAUGUAAAGAAGCAACAUCCGGAAAUAUUUGAGGACUGGAAAUUGGCAAAGAAAUAUAACAAAGUGGCCAAAAUUACAGCAAAAAAGGCACCAAGUGGGCCAGUUUCACCUAAUCAGUCUCAGAACCUGGGGAACAGGCUGUCGACUCAGCCAGGAAUACUAUGCAACAAACCUGGGAUGCAGCAAAUGGAUUACCCAAUGGGAUGUUCAACCUCACCUGCCCAGUGUUAUCCUGGAUCAAUGGAGCCUGUGCCUAUCACUCCAAUGGUGAACCACACACUGUACCCGUCAUGGGGAAGCCCAAAUAAUCCCACCGGAAUGAUGCAGUCAGACAUGCCCCAGUCAUGGUCUUCACCUCCCAUGAAUAACUGCUAUCCAGAUGCCUUCAACAUGAAUGAGUACCCCUCUCGGAGCUAUCCUCAGUGGCAGGCAGACCCUUAUCAAACCACAGCGUCUCUCCCAUCUGAUAGAGAUCAUUCAAUGGCAGCUAUACAAGUUCCCACUACGUCACACGCUCCUUCAGAUUCAAGUUUGAUGUCCCAGUAUGUGUCCAGUUCUCUGAUGCUUGACAAUGGAGGGCAAAUACAUAAUGGAGGGCAUCAGUAUGGACUAAUGCAUCCAGAGGGCAGUGGAAACAGCGUAGAUAUGAGAAAAAGCAGUGCAAGUAUGACAAGCCAGUUGGAUAAUGGAAACAGUAUCUCAACAAUUGACAGCCUCCCUGAAGGAAGUUACCACACUCCAUAUGCUCAGAGUGAAAACUCUUGUCAUACUCAAGGCUCAUCAGUUGAUAUUCCCAUGAAAUGUCUGAGCCCAGAGGCCCAAAUUGCUAUAAAGGCUACAAAUGAAAUUAUUAAAACUGAGAAUAUGUCUACUCCUGGUUAUGAACAGAUGGACAACUCCAUAGAUGGCAUGCUCAGUCCACACAGUGUCACUCAAACAGAUUUUCCUUAUGAAGAGGACUGUCCUAAUGCUGACUGUGAGGCUAACCCUUCAGAUGAAAAGGGCAGUGAACCUGACAUGCAGAAAGGAAAACGCAGCAGGUCAAGCAAGCGAACCAAAUGGCCAGCCAUCAUUAAGGAUGGCAAGGUCCUCUGCAGGAGAUGCUUCAGAGAGUUCACAAGCACCAAGUCUCUCGGGGGUCACUUAUCUAAACGUUCACAGUGCAGGCCUGUAGACGAAAUCGACCUAACAGCUGAUCUGCCAACAUCUUUUCUUGAUUUUCUCAAUGACCCCCAUGUCCCUGACACUAAUGGAGCAAUAUACAACGUGUCAAAUGGUGAUUUCUCACAGCAGUCUUCUAGCUUGACCACUUUGACUUCACCCAUGGUGUUAAAACAGGAGCCCCAAAAUACAAAUAUAAUGGACUAUUCAAACUCCUUAUCGGUUUCCUCUGAAAACCAGCAAGAGAAAGCAGUAGAGGUUGCUAAUCCAGCCCUUGCUGUACCUUAUCAAGAGGAUCACUUGAUGGAAAUUUCACAUGCUUUUCAAAGGUUGGAUUUGAUUGAGGCUGCACAAGAGAAGAUGCGGAGUGCUCUGUCAUUAGAGCAAAAUGUCAGUCAUCGUGAUACAGCCCCUGACAUUGAAAAAAGUAAAAUACUGAGUAAAAGUGAUGAUAAGCCCUCUGAAAAGGUACCCAAACCUUUUAAAUGUGACCAGGAUGACUGUGAGUACUCAUUCAUGACAAAGGAGGCGUUAUUCAAACAUUUGAGUAAAAUGCAUGAUUACUCUAAUGAGAUGAUAGAAGAACUAAAAAGAACCCCAUCCAAACUGUCUCCAUAUCCUUGUCAGAUUUGCCCCAAAACAUUCACGAGAACGACAGGUUUGAGAAUUCACUAUGAAAAAGUUCAUCGACUGUCAAAGGCAGAAAUGCAGAAGCUAAGAAUCAGUGCUCGAAACAGGCGUGCUUUUAGACUUAACAAAGAAUGCGAGUUUAUUAGACGUGCAACCACUGAUGCCAAUACCAGUUGCACAACACAAUCUGCAGCGGUAUUACCUGCUAUAAAACAAGAACCGCUUGACAUUGCAAUUGUACCUCAAGCAGACAGUGAGAACAAUCCAGAAGUUCCUCGGAUCACUUCACCAGGAGAUGCAGGUAAACAAGGCUUCACACCUGAAGUAUCAACUGUUACACGACUACCAUCACCUAACAACUAUUUGACUGAUAAGUUGUUUGGUGAGGUGACACCAUCAGUUCAUGAAGCCCCAGAGCAGCCUCAAGUGGCUGUUGUAAACAAGAGUCCAGAUGUGAAACAGAAAUUCAGUUUACAACAGAAACUCAGUCCGGUUGGCAAAGCGAAGGAGCAGCAAGGACGAUCAGAAGCAUCAUUAAGCAAAGUAAAAGACCCAAAGUCCAGCCCUCCUACUGCAUCUGCUUCAUUCUCCCCAGAGAAACCCAGCAGCUCCAAAAACACACCAACAAAGGAUGAACCACAGAGCAAAGAGAAACCUCAGAAAAGGUUGAACCUCAAAAUGUGUGAUACAGACAACGCUUACAGUCCAUACAGACCAUAUCGCUGUGUUCAUGAAGGAUGCACUGCCGCAUUCACCAUCCAGCAAAAUUUGAUUCUCCAUUACAGGGCCAUGCAUCAGGCAACCUUGCCCCCCAGCAAACCUGAAACUGACACUGAGAAGACUAGUGUUAAUAAUGGACAGGAGAGCGUUCAGAGCAUAGACAAAGAUAAUGAAGUCAGGUGUCAAGUGAAAGACUGUUCAAGGGUGUUUAUGGGAAUCACAAGGUUAGUGCAGCAUUACCUCUUACUUCACAAGUUUACCCGUGACAAAGCCACCGCCAUGAUGGCCAGCAUGACCAUAGGGACUUUUAACUGUGACCGACCGGAGUGUGCUCUCCCCUUCAACUCUGUGGACAAGUACAUCGAGCACAUUAAGAAUUUCCACAAGGAAAUCGCCAUCUCUGAGAGCGGCUCAGUUGAUCCAACUUUCAGGUGCGAGUAUGAGGGAUGCGACCGCGUUUACACUACGAAAUCAAACCUCCUCCGACACCUGAUAAAAAAGCAUGAUUAUGUUUAUGAUCCUAAAACAAGUGACGGAAGAAGGACUAAAUCAAUAGGGCUCUUCCCAGGAGUUAACAAUGGGAAAGAGAAUGUGGAAAACAAAUUCAAAGUGAAGAAGAAAAACACUAAAAAGAAAGAUGGAAAGUCCAUUGAACACUGGACUAGUUUUGGAAAGCCUACACUAAAAUCCCAUGAGGAGGCAUCAGCCAUGUGCACCAAGAAGUCCGCCCUGCAGUACCCAUGCAUGAUAAUAGGCUGUGAUGCAGUGGAGCGGGCUGAAAGAAGUAUAUUUAAGCAUUACACCACUCAUGGCCUCACAGAAAGAUACAUUGAAGACCAGAGGAGCCAGUUUAUUUUCUGCAAAAAGUACUCGCGCGCCAGAUUCAAGGAUGCAAACAAAUCAGAGGGCGCAUCAAGCUCAUCUUCUGAAGAGACGGAGCCAGACGAUCAUGGCGAAAAGCCCAAUGACCAGAAAACAGAUGAACUUGUGGAUAGAAUAGGCCAAGAAGACAGCAAGCUGUCCAAUGAUGAUAGUGCAGAAUCUCAAGCUUCCACCGGGACAGAAGGAGGAACUAAAAGAGGCCGUCCCAGAAAACCUGCACAUCCUACACCAGCUUGUCCAGAGAGGAUGCUGACACUUCGGAAUCGUUCGACUGUUAACAGUUCAAGAGAGAACUCAAAUCCUGGUACCCCUACAGCCCAAGAACAACGUGAUGACGGGGUUAUGCCAGGGUCUUUCAAGCCUUUAGGACUUGAGGACUCUUUCCUUAAGUUCUUGGAAACCUCAGAGUCAACCCACUCUUCCAAACGCAAAUUAAAUGACAAAUCUAGUGCUGAACUGCCGUCCAAAAGACAACAAACUCAUAAACAGAAAUCCACAAUGAAAAGUAAAAUAACUGGCUGUGAAAAUCUUGUAGACUUCAGAAAUCCCCUUAAUCUCAAAUCAGUGAACAAUGUCAAGAUUGUCAUGGAUAAAACAUUUUCAGACGGUGCUGAUCUUUUGCUAAAGCAGCUACAAGACAUGAGGCCCAUAGUCAUAAUAAAAAAGUGGCUUUAUAGUGGAUCAUAGCCCGAUAUUUUGUUCUCAACUCGAUCUCACUCAGGAUUUGAGAAGUUAUGCUGCAGAAUGGUUUGUUUGUUAAAGCAUCAGAUUUCCAACUGAUAACAGUAACAGUCACAGGUAACGAUGAAAUGGCCUAUUUUGUACUUAAUGAAAAAAUGUCUUGGAUGAUUUUAAGUAUGUAUGUUAGUUAUAAUAACCAGGUAAUCUAUAGGGCAUAGAUUUUAGAAACAUGUUUGUAUUUAUGCUUAGUACUGAAGAUGUUUUUUUUCCUUUUGCUAAAUGGAGACUUUUAAAGAAAAACAAUGUUUUUAUAUAUCCCUAUGGGAUUUCAAGUUCUGUUUGUAUUUAUUUCAUCCUUUUUCAACACUAGUAGACCUAUCUGUAAUAUUUACAUGUCUUCCACAAAGUGUUCAAUAAAAUGUUACUGGUUCUUUUUGUAAA